UGAUUCGGAACAAAAAAGAUUCGGAAGUUUCCGAACGCACAAAGCACAAGUGACUCAGAUGGAAAGAUGGCGGCUGCCUAUUUGACCCACCAUCAGAAGGUCCUGCGACUCUACAAGAAAUCACUGAGACACAUCGAGUCUUGGUGUAUUUUCAGGGAUAAAUAUCGUUUCUAUGCAUGUUUGCUGCGAGCACGCUUUGAUGAGAACAAACAUGAGAAGGACAUGAUGAAGGCCACCAUGAUGCUAAAGGCAGGUGAAGAGGAAUUCUGGGCCAAUCAGCACCCGCAGCCCUACCUGUUCCCAGACUCACCUGGAGGAACAUCCUAUGAAAGAUAUGAGUGCUACAAAGUAAGUGACAAAGUAAAAUGUGUUGUGUAGUCUCUGGCAGUUUUG